GAACAGCAAAGCGGUAAGUCCAUCGAGAGCAGGAGUGUUAGGUCAUAAUCUGCUGCAGCUUUGCAAACCUCAGCUGGGCACAUCCAGGUCCUUCCUCACUCAGGCCCACGAAAGAUGCCGAAAAAGACUCUCUCGGCUAUGGCCUGGCUCUGCAUUUUCAUCGUGGCCUUUGUCGGCCACCCAGUGUGGCCACAGAAGCCCCCUAAGCGGAAGACACCUGCAGAACUCACUGUGCCUGCCUGCUGCGAGGAGGCCAAGGAACUCAAGGCCCAAAUUGCCAACCUAAGCAGCCUGCUGAGCGAGCUGAGCCAGAAGCAGGAAAGAGACUGGGUCAGUGUGGUCAUGCAGGUGAUGGAGCUGGAGAGCAGCUCCAAGCGCAUGGAGUCGCGGCUCACGGCCGCCGAGAGCAAGUUCUCCGAGAUGAACAACCAGAUCGACAUCAUGCAGCUGCAGGCAGCGCAGACUGUCACCCAGACCUCAGCAGAUGCCAUCUACGACUGCUCGUCCCUCUACCAGAAGAGCUACCGCAUCUCCGGAGUCUAUAAACUGCCUCCCGACGACUUCCUGGGCAGCCCCGAGCUGGAGGUUUUCUGCGACAUGGAGACCUCAGGUGGUGGCUGGACCAUCAUUCAGAGACGAAAGAGCGGCCUCGUCUCCUUCUACCGGGACUGGAAACAGUACAAGCAGGGCUUCGGCAGCAUCCGCGGGGACUUCUGGCUAGGGAACGAGCACAUCCACCGGCUCUCUAGGCGGCCGACUCGGCUACGUGUGGAGAUGGAGGACUGGGAGGGCACCAAGCGCCAUGCUGAGUACAGCCGCUUCGCUUUGGGCAAUGAACUCAACAGCUACCGCCUCUUCCUGGGCAACUACAGCGGCAGCGUGGGGAACGACGCCCUCAGCUAUCACAACAAUACGGCCUUCAGCACCAAGGACAAGGACAACGACAAUUGCUUAGACAAGUGUGCCCAGCUCCGCAAAGGUGGAUACUGGUACAACUGCUGCACGGACUCCAACCUCAACGGCGUGUACUACCUCCUCGGGGAGCACAACAAGCACCUGGAUGGCAUCACCUGGUACGGCUGGCACGGGUCUAGCUACUCCCUCAAACGAGUGGAGAUGAAAAUCCGCCCAGAAGACUUCCGGCCGUAAAAAGAGACAAAACCUGUUCUGCUGGAGGUGAGUGGAC